UGUGUGUGUUGGUGGAGGGUUGGACUCUGGAAACAGUCCGGAGCACAAAAAGGUACAAAUCAGAAGAUCACUGGCAGAGCUCUGACACACACUGAACCUGUAGGAUGGCUCCCGCUGUUUUACUCAUCGGCUGUCUGCUCGCCACAAUCAGCUGCUUAACCACAGCUCAGACUACCACAUCAAUUAAUGCUUCUCCUGCAUCCCCUAAUGCAACUGACAUGUCGGACAACGCAACUAAUGUAUUACCUAAUGCAACUAGUGCAACUACCAUUUUGCCCAACGGGGCUAACACAUCACCUAGCACCACCAUGUUGCCCAGCGCAACCAACACGGCGCCCAACACAACCAACAUGGUGCCCAACACAGACACCAUGUUGCCCAACAUAACCAACAUGGCACCCAACACAGACACCAUGGCGCCCAACACAACCAACACGGUGCCCAACACAGCCACCAUGGCGCCUAACACAACCAACACAACGCCCAACACAGCCACCAUGGCGCCCAACACAACCAACACAACGCCCAACACAGCCACCAUGGCGCCCAAUGCAACCAACACGUUGCCCAACGCAACCAACAUGCUGCAAAAUGCAACCAACACACCGCCAAACGCAACCAACAUGCCGCCCAACACAGCCACCAUGGCGCCUAAUGGAUCUACUACAUCAACUAAUGCGACUACAACGAAUGCAACAACUCCUCAGGCUCCAUUGUAUGGAAGUUGUGCGAGUCCAGAUCUGUGCUGCUCUGGACUGAAUAACAGCUGUCAUCGCGGAAAUUGUUUUUGUGAUGUUGCUUGUCUGAGAUUACGUGACUGCUGCCCUGAUUUCAAACCCACAUGCCUCACAGUGAAAAACAGCACAAACAGCACCAACACUUUGCCACUAACAGGGAGGUGUUCACAUCCGACUCUGUGCUGCAGUGGCACAGACUACAGCUGUUUCAGAGGCUGUUUCUGUGAUGAGACCUGCAAACAGCUCAACGACUGCUGUCCCGACCUCAACAGCACCUGCAAUUUCACUACCCCAACUACAGCUCCACCCGUCAACUCCACUACAGUUCCACCCUUCAACUCCACUAAACCUCCUCCCUUCAACUCCACUACAGUUCCACCCUUCAACUCCACUAAACCUCCACCCUUCAACUCCACUAAACCUCCUCCCUUCAACUCCACUAAAUCUCCUUCCUUCAACUCCACUAAAGCUCCACCCGUCAACUCCACUACAGCUCCACCUAAAGAUGUUCUGACGAUACUCACUAAUCUGGAGGUGGAGGUUUUGGCCGAGGAGUCGUCCACUGAAGAAGAGCGUCAGGCUGCACUGCUUCAGGUUGCCUCUUUAGUGGAGAAUUACUUAAGAGGGAAUUAUAAUGACAUCAACUCUUUUGAGGUCACAAGAAUUGAGUCACUGUCACCGUGUGAUUGAGACUGAAAUCAGCUAUGAUUGGAAGAGGAACAGACAUGAAUGAACUCUCAUCGCUGGACUUUUACUAUUUUAAUAUGAGAUUAAAUUAUUUAUGGUGACGGUUCAACAAAAACACUGCAAUUUCUGAUAUACAAUGCUUGUAUAUUUAACAUUAAAAUUAAAAAGAUAAACGUUUAUGUUUGAUGCAAACUAUGGAAAGUGAGAUUUCAGUUUGCUUUUUGGGGGGAGAUUCCUGUCUAUGCUGUAUGUUUAUUUCUUAUGUCUGGAUUCCUAAAUUUUUUUGCAAUUCAUGAAAUAAAUAUAAAUAAUCUGAAUUUA